UAAUGUUGAUAUUUGGAACCCAUGUCGAACAACUAUGAAGAGAGGGUAAUGAUGAUAGCAGCAGGGGAUUUGCAGGAGUUUGUUCCUUUUGGCCGUGACCACUGCAAGCACCACCCUAAUGCCCUAAACCUUCAACUUCGGCAGCUGCAGCCAGCCUCUGAAUUAUGGUCUUCUGAUGGAGCAGCUGGCUUGGUGGGAUCCCUUCAGGAGGUUACAAUCCAUGAAAAACAGAAGGAAAGUUGGCUUUUAAGGAGAGGUGUCAGUGAUGUUGGGGAAGAAGUGGAAUAUGAUGAAGAAUUGUAUGUGGCUGGCAAUAUGGUCAUUUGGAGCAAAGGAAGUAAAAGCCAAGCAUCUGCUGUUUAUAAGGCUUUCACUGUUGACAGCCCUGUUCUGCAGGCUUUAUGGUGUGAUUUCACUGUACCACAGGAAAAAUCUGAGAAAGUCGACAAUGGUGAUGAAGUAGUAGAAAAAUGUAUCUGCAUAUUGCAGAGCUCCUGCAUAAAUGUUCAUAGCAUAGAAGGACGGGAUUACAUUGCUUCCUUGCCUUUUCAGGUAGCAAAUGUCUGGCCAACAAAAUAUGGCUUGUUGUUUGAACGCAGCAGCACUUCACAUGAAGUCCCUCUGAGUCCACCCAGAGAACCUUUGCCCACUAUGUUCAGUAUGCUACAUCCUUUAGAUGAGAUAACACCUCCUCUUUGUAAGUCUGGAAAUAGGGUUAACCUGAGCACUACUUCUCUAGCAGGUGUGUUUGGCUCGGCUAGAGUACAGUACGUUGCUGAUUACACACUGCGCAUUGUGUUCCUCAAUGAGGAGCCUUCCAUUGUGAUGACCUAUGACACCGUUCAGAGUCUGCAUGCAGUCUGGGCCCUUCGUAGAGUAAAACCGGAGGAGCAGAGCACAGUCUUAAAGUUCUCUGAGCAGGUGGGGACGCCGCAACACAUGGCCACCAGCAGCUCUUUGACCGCGCACCUCAGGAGUCUCUCCAAAGGAGACUCACCCAUGGCUUCCCCUUUCCAGAAUUAUUCCUCUCUUCACAGCCAGAGUAGGUCGGUGUCGUCGCCCAGCAUGCACUCCCGCUCGCCUUCCAUAUCCAAUAUGGCAGCUCUUAGCCGUUCUCACUCUCCUGCCUUAGGGGUGCAGUCUUUCUCAGGAGUGCAGAGAUUCAACUUCUCCAGUAACACUCAGUCGCCACGGAGGCACAGUGUGAGCCAUUCUCCAAACAGUGCUUCCAGUGACUCCUUCCUUGCUCCAGAAACGGAGCCAAUUGUUCCAGAGCUGUGCAUAGACCAUCUGUGGACAGAGACCAUCAUGACCAUGAGAGAGAAGAAUUCCCAAGCCUCAAAAGUGUUUAUUACAACUGACCUUUGUGGACAAAAGUUCUUGUGCUUUUUAGUGGAAUCCCAGCUCCAGUUGCGCUGUGUAAAGUUUCAAGAGAGUAACGAUAAGUCACAGCUGAUCUUUGGUUCUGUUACCAAUAUACAGGCAAAGGAUGCAGCCCCUGUGGAGAGCAUUGACACGUUGCUGGUUCUGGAAGGCAAUGGAAACUUGGUGCUGUACUCUGGAGUGAUUCGGGUAGGGAAGGUUUUUAUUCCUGGACUGCCAGCACCAUCGCUGACAAUGUCAAACCAAAUGCCUCGGCCGAGCACCCCUCUGGAUAGCCUGAAUACUCCUUCCAAGCCUUUGAAUAAGCACCUAGGGCCCUUAGAGGAGGGAGUGCUGUUGUCUCCAGUUCCAGAGUUGAGGGAUUCUUCCAAACUUCAUGACUCCUCUUACAUUGAUGAUUGUACUUUCCAACAACUUGGAACUUUCAUUCACGCUGUGCGAGACCCUGUUCACAACAGAGUAACUCUAGAACUCAGCAAUAGCUCGAUGGUUAGGAUUGCCAUUCCUGAAAUCGCCACCUCAGAACUAGUGAAAAGAUGUUUACAAGGAAUUAAGUCUAUCCUGCCCAAAGAGAUCGCGGUACAAAUGCUAGUCAAGUGGUAUAAUGCUUACAAUGCUCCUGGAGGCCCAAGUUAUCACUCUGAGUGGAGUUUAUUUGUGACCUGCCUCAUGAACAUGAUGGGUUACAAUACUGACAGAUUGACAUGGACACGUAAUCUUGAUUUUGAAGGUUCUCUUUCCCCUGUUAUUGCUCCCAAGAAAGCUAGACCUUCAGAGACAGGAUCAGACGAAGACUGGGAGUAUCUGCUCAAUUCGGACUACCAUAGAAACCUUGAGUCUCACCCUCUGUCCAGAGCCUUGCGGUUGGAUCCAUUGGAAACUUCAUUUCCAAAAGAUGACUUUUCACCCAACCUCAGCUUGGAUUCCUCAACUCUUCUCUUCACCCACAUUCCUGCUAUUUUCUUUGUGCUUCAUUUGAUCUAUGAGGAGCUUAAAUUGAACAGCCUGAUGGGAGAAGGCAUUCGUUCGCUUGUUGUAUUACUUGUUCAGCUGGCAAGGGACUUAAAAUUGGAAGCGUAUAUAGAUUAUUACUACAGAGAGUAUCCUGCACUUGUAAAGAGCUCUAGGCAGACAUGCAUAAUCGAUCAAGCCCAAACAGGUUUCAUGCACCAUCCCUCGUUUUUUUCUGCUGAGCCUCCCAGUAUCUUUCAGUGGCUGAGUUCCUGUUUGAAGGGAGAAGGAGCCCAGCCUUAUCCUUACUUACCAGGAGUCUGUGAAAGGAGCAAACUAGUAGUGCUGAGUGUUGCACUGUACAUACUUGGUGAUGAGAGUGCCGUUUCAAAUGAAGCAUCACAUUAUUUGUUUAGGAUAACUUCAGGGCAACGAAAACAGCAAACAGAACAAGAUGAUAAUAGAUAUAGUUUCAGACACAGCACAUCUGUUUCCAACUUAGCUGAAAAGCUGGUUAUCUGGAUGACUAAUGUAGGUUUCACCUUAAGAGAUUUGGAGUCUCUCCCCUUUGGGGUUGCGCUUCCUAUCAGAGAUGCUGUAUAUCACUGCCGAGAGCAGCCUGCCUCUGACUGGCCAGAAGCUGUCUGUCUCUUGAUUGGGCGUCAAGAUCUUUCCAAACAAGCAUGUGAAGGGAACCUGGCAAAGGGUAAAUCUUCUGUUGCCCAGGUGCUAUCAUCUGAUGUGCCUUCAGGAACUGAGGCAGAAGACGAUGACGAUGGUAUGAAUGAUAUGAACCAGGAAGUGAUGUCACUAAUAUGGAGUGAGGAUUUGAGAGUGCAGGAAGUGCGCAGACUCCUUCAAAGUGCCCAUCCUGUGCGUGUCAGUGUAGUACAGAUGCCGGAAGUCAGUGACCAUGAAUACAUAGAAGAAAAAGAAAACCGGUUAUUACAGUUGUGUCAACGGACUAUGGCGCUCCCCUUAGGCCGAGGAAUGUUUACUCUCUUCUCAUAUCAUCCAGUGCCAACAGAACCGUUGCCUAUUCCUAAACUGAAUCUAACUGGCCGUGCUCCGCCUAGAAACACUACUGUGGACCUUAAUAGUGGGAACAUUGAUGUCCCUCCAAAUAUGGCAUGCUGGGCCAGUUUUCACAAUGGAGUGGCUGCUGGACUGAAGAUAGCGCCUGCUUCCCAGAUAGACUCAGCUUGGAUUGUUUAUAACAAACCCAAAAAUGCAGAACUAGCCAAUGAAUAUGCAGGCUUCCUCAUGGCACUGGGUCUGAACGGACAUCUCACAAAGCUUGCCACACUCAACAUACAUGACUACUUGACCAAGGGCCAUGAGAUGACAAGUAUUGGGCUGCUGCUUGGUGUUUCUGCUGCCAAGCUAGGCACAAUGGAUAUGGCUAUUACUCGGCUCCUUAGCAUACACAUACCUGCUCUCUUACCACCAACUUCAACGGAGCUGGAUGUCCCUCAUAAUGUGCAAGUGGCGGCUGUGAUAGGAAUAGGCCUAGUAUAUCAAGGAACAGCUCACAGGCACACGGCAGAGGUUCUUCUGGCUGAAAUAGGACGUCCCCCAGGUCCUGAAAUGGAAUACUGCACUGACAGAGAAUCCUAUUCUCUAGCAGCUGGUUUAGCAUUAGGCAUGGUCUGCUUGGGGCAUGGCAGUAACUUGAUAGGCAUGUCUGACCUCAAUGUCCCUGAGCAGCUUUAUCAGUACAUGGUUGGAGGUCAUAAGCGUUUCCAAGCAGGAAUGCACCGAGAGAAACACAAGUCUCCGAGUUAUCAGAUAAAGGAAGGAGAUACCAUAAAUGUGGAUGUUACUUGUCCAGGGGCAACUCUGGCAUUAGCUAUGAUCUACUUAAAGACUAAUAACAGGUCCAUUGCUGACUGGCUUCGAGCUCCGGACACAAUGUAUUUGCUGGACUUUGUAAAACCAGAAUUUCUUUUGUUGAGGACGCUUGCUCGAUGCCUGAUUUUGUGGGAUGACAUUUUGCCCAAUUCAAAGUGGGUUGAUAGUAACGUACCACAAAUCAUAAGAGAGAACAGUAUAUCCCUUCAUGCAACAGAAUUGCCUUCAUCAGAAGAUCUGAAUUUGGAAACACUGGCGCAAGCUCACGUCUACAUCAUUGCUGGUGCCUGCUUGUCGCUGGGCUUUCGAUUUGCUGGUUCAGAAAACCUAGCUGCAUUUAACUGCUUGUUUAAAUUUGCAAAAGAUUUCAUGAAAUGUUUGUCAGCACCUACAGCUUCAAUAACAGGUCACUAUAACCUUGAAACUUGUUUGAGUGUCGUGCUGCUGUCUCUUGCAAUGGUGAUGGCGGGCUCUGGAAACCUGAAGGUCCUCCAGCUCUGUCGUUUCAUGCAUAAGAAGACAGGUGGAGAAAUGAACUAUGGGUUCCAUCUGGCUCAUCACAUGGCUCUUGGACUUCUCUUUUUGGGAGGAGGAAGAUACUCCCUGAGCACGUCAGAUUCUUCAAUUGCUGCUCUUCUUUGUGCUCUGUACCCUCACUUCCCCAUUCACAGUUCUGACAACAGGUAUCACCUUCAGGCCCUACGGCACCUGUAUGUGCUGGCAGCGGAACCAAGACUCCUAGUGCCUGUUGAUGUGGAUACAAACACUCCUUGUUACACACUACUCGAGGUUACCUAUAAGGGCACGCAAUGGUAUGAAGAAACCACAGAGGAAUUGAUGGCACCAACCCUCCUUCCAGAGCUUCACUUACUUAAGCAGAUCAGAGUGAAAGGCCCACGAUACUGGGAACUACUAAUAGAUUUAAGCAAGGGGACACACCAGCUGAAGUCGAUCCUUUCUAAGGAUGGCAUUCUGUAUGUAAAACUGAGAGCUGGGCAGCUCUCGUACAAAGAGGACCCAAUGGGCUGGCGCAGUUUGUUAGCACAGGCGGUCACUCACAGGAACUCUGAAACUCGGGCGUUCAAGCCAGAAACUAUUUCUGCUUUCACUUCUGAUCCGGCACUACUUUCAUUUGCUGACUAUUUCUGCAAACCAGCUGUGAACAUGGGUCAGAAACAGGAAAUAUUGGAUCUCUUCUCAUCUAUUCUUUAUGAGUGUGUUACUCGAGAGAAUCCGGAGAUGCUGCCUGCAUACAUAGCAAUAGAUCAGGCCGUGAGGAUAUUAGAGAGAAAAGAAAUGUCUGAGACCUUUGAACUAUGGCAGAUAAAGCUGGUAUUAGAAUUUUUUAGCUCCAGAAGCCACCAGGAGAGGGUGAGGAGAAAUCCAAACAGAGGGCUCUUCAUGAAUUCUGAAUUUCUGCCUGUGAUGAAGUGCACUAUCGAUAAUACUUUGGACCAGUGGCUACAAGCCGGAGGGGACGUCUCUCUGCACUCCUACCUAAGUGGGCAGCCUACUGAAGAAUCUCAGUUAAGUAUGCUGGCCUGCUUCCUCGUUUACCACUCAGUCCCAACCCCAGGGCAGCUCUCAGCAGGUGGCUUAGAAGGGAGCAUGAGCUUUUCGGAACUGCUUGUGAAAUUCAGGCAGCUGAAAAUGCCAGUUCGUGCGUUGCUGCGACUUGCACCUCUACUACUUGGAAAUCCACAGUCAAUGGUGCUGUGACUGCCGAGAUGGAGUCCCAGAACACCAGUCUUACACAGUGACCAAAAGUCAGUGCCAAUAGUGGUCUUUUAAGUUAUCUGAAAGACACGCAGAUGAAGGGAACUUAACGUAACUUCACAGGCAAUGUCCCAGGUAUCUCUUCCACUUGCCUGUAGGUGUUUUGACUGGACAGGGAGCUUUGUAUGUAUUGUUGUUACGGUGAAGGGUACCUGCAUACAACGAAUUCACCUUUUACUUUUCUAAAUAAAGUUUGUUUACAAAAAAGCCUUGUGGUGAGUCAUGAAAAUAACCCAUCUGGAAGCAAUUGGUCACCUCAUGUCCUCGCCACCCAGUACCACAAGCCUUUGGCACUUUUAAAAUGGUCUUUAAUGAGAUAGCAAAGGGCUUUUUUCAGGGCGGGCAUACAGGACCAAUAGGCCUCAAAUUUCCCUCUUGGGCAGCUGGAUGGAAACUAUAAAGAUGAGUCUUACGCCAUCACAUUCAUAUACUGCCUGUUUCUUUCCUUUCUUCAGCCCUUUUCAAAAAAGUUAAUCUUUUUUCUAAAACAUUUUUUUUUAAAUGGGACCAUUUUGAGCCCAGCAGAACAAAGACAACUUUGAAUUUCCUUUUUUAGAUGGCAUUAUCUUAAUUUCUUUUUUCACCCGGUGCUGAGCAGAACCUGCUUACUGGGCUAUGCUGCCUCUCAGAUGAGGCUGAAUCUGUGUAUUUGGCUAUGCUAUUUGGACAGUCUGAAAUUCCUGCUCCCCCACCUCUGACACACAGAGGUGGUGGCCCAGGAAAUGGUUUGCACAUGAUAGAAUUCCUGUGCAGCAAAUGAGGAAAAGCUGCAGGCAGAAAGAUGUUGACGCUGUGGUAAGAGCAAUGGCCUAGAACCUUUGAGACCAGAGAGCUGGUCAGUGGAUUUGCUGCAGGCUGGUUAUGCAAGAUGCUAAACUAGAGCAUUUGAAGCCAACAGGAUUGGCAGCCUCACAUCUCUGUACUUCAGUUCUCCUAGAAGGGGGCUUGCUACAUAGAGCCUGGAAUGUUGGAGGGGUGGAGGAGCACAACCUGGAGCGCUGUCGGCUGGUGACCAACAACUGAGCAGAGGGGUUAUGGGGCAGCCCUAGAUCUUGGGAGAGAUGGCAGCUUCCAAGGGACCACGUCAAAAACGGGCUAAGAAGUAGGAGGACAAGGUUGGGGGGUCACCUUUCUGAAGGCUGUAUCGAGAACCCCUCAUCACUGCCAGAAAAGAGGAUGGCCUGAGGCGGGGGGCGGGGAGGGGAGGGGGGUGUCAAGCACUAGCCACAGACCAGGCUUCAGAGUGCAGAAAAGUUGUCAGGUUUUUCUGGGGGCGGGGGAUGGGGGGGACUUUCUAUUUUUACUUUUUAAAACAAACUUGUUUUAAAUGAAAUCUGAAUUUAAUCCAAAAUAUGUUAAG